UGCACCAACUAACACCUGACAAAACCCCAUGAUGUUCUGUUAGUGGCAUUCUCACGCGCCCAGAAACCUGGUCCAGCGCGUGAGCUCCAUCUCCCCCACCAGAUCUCUUCCAAUCCAAUCGCAACUCUUCUUCCCUUCUUCCACACCGCAGCACGAACAAAUACAACAAUGGCUGCCCACUAAAAACACCCCACACCUAAUUGUACAUAAAUUUAUAAGUAAAAAAAAACUAAAAAAAAACAUUGUUGCUUUCUUGCUAGUCAAAUUAUCAAUGGAGUCGGAGCUUAAAUCAAUAAAUCCACAGCCCGCCGACCAGCAACCCGAACCCGAACCCGACGAUAGCCCGCUCCUCAAAUCGGACCCGAAAACCCCAGAACCCGAAACCCAAAUCCCGGUAUCCAGCCAAACCAUCGAAGAGAUGGAGCAGAAAUACGCGGCGUACGUGCGGCACGACGUGUACGGCACAAUGGGCCGGGCUGAAUUGCCGUUGACCGAGAAAAUCCUGCUCGGGCUGGGAUUGGUGCUCCUGCUGCCGAUAAGAGUGGUGGCGGGUACGAUUGUUCUGGUGUCUUACUACCUGAUUUGUAGGGUUUGCACGGCGUUUCUAGCGCCCAACACGGAGGACGAGCAGGAGGACUACGCCCACAUGGGCGGGUGGCGGAGGGCGGUCAUUAUUCAGAGCGGCAGGUUUUUAUCUAGGGUUUUGCUCUUUGUUUUCGGAUUCUACUGGAUAGUCGAAACCCGUCGGAAUAAUGAGAUUGAAGAGCAGUUGGAUAAUGAGACAACAUCCGGUGAUCAGUCCCAAACCGAAGAUUUGGAAAGACCCGGUGCUAUCAUAUCGAAUCAUGUAUCUUAUUUGGAUAUUCUCUACCAUAUGUCUUCGUCUUUUCCGAGCUUUGUUGCCAAGAGGUCCGUGGCUAAACUUCCUCUCGUUGGUCUCAUAAGCAAGUGUCUCGGAUGUGUCUAUGUACAACGGGAGUUAAAAGCGUCGAACUUCAAGGGCGUUUCAGGUGUUGUCAAUGAUAGAAUACGAGAAGCUCAUCAAAGUCCGUUUGCUCCAAAGAUGAUGCUUUUCCCAGAAGGCACGACCACAAACGGAGACUACCUUCUUCCAUUCAAGACUGGUGCAUUUUUAGCAAAGGCUCCCGUACUUCCCGUUAUUUUAAGAUAUCCCUACCAUAGAUUUAGUCCUGCAUGGGACUCGAUUUCUGGGGUAAGGCAUGUGGUUCUUCUUCUCAGUCAGUUCGUAAAUCACAUCGAAGUGACACGAUUACCUGUUUAUCACCCCUCGGAACAAGAACGAGAAGACCCAAAGCUUUACGCAGAAAACGUCAGAAAGUUGAUGUCUCAUGAGGGUAAUUUGAUACGUUCGGAUAUUGGAUUGCCAGAGAAGAGAAUAUAUCACGCUGCCCUCAAUGGUAAUAUUAGCAUGCCUACUGUUUUGCAUCAGAAAGCCGAUUGAUAAAUUGCCCCUUCGUGAAGUCUUUUGGGAUGUUAUUAUUAUUAAACACAAUUUUUUUUUUCUUUCUAAAUACGAAGCGCAAUGUGGAUUGGAUUGUGGGUGGUUUUAAUACGCACCCAAUAUAUUUAACGUUUAUAUUAAAAACUUCUGUAACUAUGUGGCGGCGUGGGUGGCUAUUGAAUAAAAUGUUGCGAUGUUCGAUAUUCGUGCUCUGCAUAUAUUUGUUUUUUUUUUUCU